GCCUGUCAGCAAAAGCCUGGGGCUCAAGCCUGUAAGACUCAGCUGAACUAUCAGCAAACCUAGGACUGGAGACACUACCCACUAGGCCAUAGUAAUGGGAAAGAAGACCCCCCUCCCCCACCAAGCCAAGAGAUGAACUUAUAAUUGGGUCCUAGACCAGUGACCCCUCACAAAGAAGCUGGCAGGUACAAAGUGUCCUGGCCCUCUGUAAUUAGAGCUUCCCGUUCUCACAGGACUCAAUGGUUUCCUCCAGUCAAAGAAUAUUAUGAGCAUAACAGAUUCCAGAAAAGCUACCCAAGACUCAGACCUUCCAAGAGAAAUCUGGGAUUGAUGUUGACUUGCCCCCAACCUCUGGGAUUGAUGUUGACUUGCUGAGUUAAUGUUUGAUCCUGGCCAUAAAGAAAUCGACAAUCACUGACCUAUGGCCUAUAUUUGAGGAGGAAGAAGCCCCUUAUAAAAUAGCCAACAGUGGGUGGCCUGGCAGACAGAGCUGUUGUGGUCAGCUGUGGAAAGGAAACCUCAUUGCCACCAUGAACUUCUCCGGCAAGUACCAAGUGCAGAGCCAAGAGAACUUUGAGCCCUUCAUGAAGGCGAUGGGUCUGCCUGAGGACCUCAUCCAGAAAGGGAAGGACAUCAAGGGGGUGUCAGAAAUCGUGCAUGAAGGGAAGAAAGUCAAACUCACCAUCACCUAUGGGUCCAAGGUGAUCCACAAUGAGUUCACCUUGGGGGAGGAGUGCGAACUGGAGACCAUGACUGGGGAAAAGGUCAAGGCAGUGGUUAAGAUGGAGGGUGACAAUAAAAUGGUGACAACUUUCAAAGGCAUAAAGUCCGUGACUGAAUUCAAUGGAGACACAAUCACCAAUACCAUGACACUGGGUGACAUCGUCUACAAGAGAGUCAGCAAGAGAAUUUAGACAAGGCUGUAUUUCAUAUUCUUUUACAGUAUAAAAUUAAUACAAUAAAGUUACCUCUGUUUUGAAAUAA